UCAUAAACUUCUCUCUCUCUCUCUCUCCCUCCCCCUCUCUCUGUCUUCUGCUGGGGAUUUUUACUGUCAUUUUUUUCUGUCAGGAGCUGGUAUGUAUAAGCAGUGAGAGCUUCGGGCACCAGACUUGACCGCUACUAGCUGCUUGGCCAGCACAAACCCGAUUUUACUCUCCGACUAUCCGCUAAUAUUAAUACCUGAUUUAAUCCGAGUAUGUGCGCUUAACUAGUAAUCUCAUAACGUCUAUUGAACAUCGUGUAAUUAUCAUCAGCUUAUCCUGUCGUACUUGUCGUUCAGUUGCUUUUUAGGAACGUCGUUGGAUAAUUUUGCAAUUUUUUGUCUGCUCAUUGUUUCAGUAAGAUUUGCAAUUUGACACUUAUCUUUUAAAGAUACAAACACCUGCUAAGCUUCUCUAACUUCAAGUAGAGAACAGAAAUCAUCUUUGUGAAGAUUCUAGAAAAGAGAAUUUGUGAAUAACCAGUAUACGGGGAAAGGCAUUCCAAACCAGUUCGUGAGGCGGAUCGACCCUACAGCCGCCAAGCUGGAUCACUCUACACUGACAGGUCCCCGGACCUUCCCGGUAGCGAGCAUGGCGUACACCAUCCCUCCCGUACCGCCGCAUCACCACCACCAUCAGAACAAAAUGAACGCACUCGGUGGGCCGUACUCGGUCAACGGGCGUUCGCUGGCGUCGCCAAACGUUGAACUCAUGCAUCCCGCCAUGUCCUACCCAAACCCACCUCGUAAACAACGAAGAGAAAGGACGACUUUUACCCGAGCUCAGCUUGAUGUUCUGGAGACGUUGUUCAGUCGGACCAGGUAUCCAGAUAUCUUCAUGAGGGAAGAAGUCGCCAUGAAGAUUAAUCUACCCGAGUCAAGAGUACAGGUUUGGUUCAAAAACAGAAGAGCAAAAUGCAGACAACAGCAACAGCAGCAACAGAACGGUCCGAACAGCAACAGCACGACGAACAAACCACGCCCUGCUAAGAAGAAAACGCCACCGCCAACACCGCGUGAACCCGACGCGCCGACCACCACAUCCAGCGAUACGCCCCCUUUCAAAGCAUCGCCAUCCGUCUCGUCGAGCAUGCCCAAUAACAACAGUAUUUGGAGCCCGGCAUCGAUAGCCCCUCAGCCCAUGACAAGUGAUCACUUAUCAGCAAACAUGAGUAAUAACAGUUGUAUGCAGCAUUCCUAUACCAUGCCGAACGCGCAACCCGCUGCAGGCUACACGGCGCAGGGUUACCAGUCACCGUACUUUGGCGCCGGCCUUGACUACCUCUCUCACAUGCCGCAAUUCCCCGGCGCCAUCAACCACCAGAUGGCAUCGAGUGCUAUGAACAACGGGCCGAUGACCACCAUGGCGUCGCAGCUGCCUCCACCCCACCACGCCCAUAUGCCCAUGGGGUCGAUGUCGAGUGCAGAGUGUAUCGACGGUAAAGAACAGCCACAAUGGAAGUUCCAAUCCUUGUAACCCACCCUGACAGAAUCUCAAGCACCGAGACGAUCCCAUUGAGUCCAUCGUAUCAAUCGGGCGUGGUUCGGCAGCCAGGAAAAUGUCUGGAAAAUGUGCAAAAAUGACACUGAUGUUAACAAAAUGGCGGCUCGACAGCUAAUUUACGGCGCGCACACGAGGUUAUGACAAUGAAAGGACCAAUGGGUAUCGGAAUCAGAUUUGAUUUUUAAAUUGAUAUUUUGAAUGGAACCAUCACUCAGGGAAAUCUCGAGACAACAUGAGGUUUCUACCGUUUCGUAAUGACUCCAUUCCUGAAACGCAAGACAUUGCCGUUCGGACAAUCUGAAAUGAAUCACAUCUUUAUAAUGAUUGAUAAUAAUCCAUGAGAUAUUCAUGUUUUUCUCUUUCUUUUCUAGCCAUUUAUGGUGUUAUUAAUCAAACUCGUUAUCGGCACAAUAUUUAUUGUUAAAUGAGCUCAUGCUAACGCAAGCAAAGCGUAUUGCAAAACCGAUGUGUUAUGUUUUCAUACAACUUUGCAUACAACUUCAGUUUAAGAUAAAUGAGGUUAAAAUCCUCAAUGAUCAUAAUGGUGGAUAUUUCUCUAUCGGGCAAGUACAUAACAAAAUACUAUCUUUUGAACAACUGAUCAAACUGAAAAAAGAAUCUGUUCUUAUUCAACAAUGUGCAUCAUGUGACUAUUUAGUAUGCCUAUUAUGAAAACAUGAAAAUAUCGAAUCAGUUUGUGCUUAAUGUUAUUUUAAGUUUUAGCGUGAGAUCAUGAAACAGAUUGUGUUAGAACCUUGAAUGAACGCAUCUCGCGUUGUCGAGUGUGUUUAAUCGUAAUUACUGUUGAUCAAAAGACCGUGUGAGCAAGAUGAACCACCAAAAACUUUCCCACCGAAAACAAAGAUGUUAACAGGAUCGUUUGAUUUAUCCAACAUGCAAUGUAAAUCUAGACGGUUUUAUUUAUUACAGUAGUUAUGUAAAGACAAAGUGACAAUUAUGAUUAGCAUUAAGUCUGCAUUGCAUUAUUGUGUUGCUAUAAGUGAAACAAAUUUCUUUCGUUUUCAAUCAUAGGAUAAUUCCUUCAAGGAUCCAAGAACUAUUUGCAAUCAACUCGUCUAGGUUAAGAAUAAUCAGCUCAAAUUUAUUUGUUUCUUUGUGUCUUGUAUUUGAUUGAUUUGCUAUUCUGUUAUGAAGUUAAUUAUUUGAAUAAUAAGUCGACUUUCUUUUUUAAAAUGUAUUCUAAGACUAACUAUCGGGCGUUUGUACGACACAUUUAAGUGUUGAACGAAGUUAACUACUUUUUUCAAUUUUGUACCCCCUUUUCUUUAGUUUUAAUUUCACACGUCGGUUGGAUAUACAGGGUCAAUGUUAAUUUAUGUGUUGUAUAGAAGACAAAGAAAAGAAUGUCACGUGACUGUGCUGAUAAGGAUACAUAAUGGGAAACUUUGUGAUUUUAAAUUGAAAAUAUACUUAUAAGUACCCACUGUGCGGAUUUUAACUUUGAUAACAGCCCCGAUUAAUUUUUUUUCAAGCGGGGCUUAAUUUAUAUAUCUUAUAUUAUUGUGAAAGCAAUCUCUCUAACACCUCCAGUAUUUAGAAUUCUAAUAUUUAUGUUUUGUAAAUUAUGUUUUUUUUUCCUGAUAUUUAUGUUGUCUUUUUUUCUCUUCGUUUUGACCACAAACCGCAUGGUGUGUUUGAAAAUGUAUUGACAUAAUUAUUUUGUCUCGUCCUUUUUGCUUUAUCUUCUCAUACCUUUGCCUCAAAUUCAAAUAUUCUAAGUGUAAAUAAAUGAUAUAUAGAGGGGGCAACGUCUUUAUUUUUUUCCUUGAUUCUAUUCAUUCCAUGUUUAAAGUAGUAUCGGACAGACCGUGUAGUAUACGUAGGUUAUAGAUAUCUGAAUAUCUUCGUUAUUUUCCCAAUUGUUUCUAGCCUGACGCAACGUUAGGCAUAUUAUGCACAGUUGAAUGAAAAUAUUAAAAAUUGCACGAAAUAU